GUUGGUGAAAGUGAUGGCACGAUACAAGUUGUGGGGAUUCAGAGCGAUCAUUUAUGAAUCAUCAUUGUCAGGACAACCGCAUCGGGAGAGAUCAAAAGGACUGAUAUGCCAUAUGGACAUCCUUAUUGAUAUCUUCAACUUUAAGGAUGUUGUCGCAAACACAGAUGAGGAGCUAAAAAAUCGCUUCAAUCUACCGUUCGAGGCAUCUAUUGAAUCACGGUCAAAACUGAUGUUUAAGCGUCAGCCAAUACGUUAUGCCAAUUUUUCGUUUCUUCAACCAGGGGAUAUCUACUUUCUCAACGCUACAACCCGUGAUUGGCAGGGACUCCUCUAUGAAGUUCAUACCAUCUCAUUUGACACUUCCUUAUUAGCAACACAGAUAGACUUAUGUCUUCAUUUUUCUUCGCUGCAUAACUAAAUACGAGAACCAUCACACCAAUCCAUAACAAAAACUAUGCUUACUCCGUAUUAUAGCCGACAAAUAUGGUGUUCCGUUAUUGUUUGUGAAACAUGUAGAGAUCAUGUAUUUUAUAUAAGGUCAGAUUUGUAAUAGGAUCGAAAAC